AUGGCCGCUGCAGCCCGCCUGCUUCAUUCUCUGCCAUGGCUCUUCCUCGCCAUCUCUGAAUCUGCUCGCGGAUCCCCGGUCUUGACACCGCCUCUACACACCCUGUCAGCACGAGGGCUGCAGGUCAAUAACUACAACAAUGGCACGAUCAAGGUCAUCGACCCAUCCAGCGGCGCGUCGAUCGCCCAAGGAUCAGUGUCAGACGGCAGCGGCACUAAUUUCUCCGCAACAGCCAUUAUCUGGCUCGUGUAUUGCUUUGCGAUAGGCGCAUCGCUGGCAUUCACCGGGAUUAAGUUCCCUCGGGUCACCAAUGGGGCGGCUAUAGGCAUUACAGCUACAGCGUGUGUAUGGGCCGCGAUGAUCAACACAGAGUCCUCCAAGAGUCUGCACGACCUGGUGCUCACGCUCGUCCCUGUCUGUCUCUUCGUGCCGGGUUUCAUCUUCGGGCUGUUCCCGUACGGCCGCCUGUCGGGAGUGAUCCUCAUCACCAUCGCAAGCGGUUUCUCAUGGGGUGCCCGUAUCUGUCUCUUCCGGUCGGACCUUCUCGUUCGCGAAGUCUACGGGGAUUGGCUGAUCGGGACGGCCUUCGCCCUGAUGAAUGUCGUGCUGGUUCCAUACUAUGAGCGGAUUGCAGUGAAUGCGAUGAAGGCCAUUGCGUCCGCUUCCGUCGGCACCUUCUUCAUCGGCCUUGGUGUCGACCUUAUCAUCAACAAGCAGGCGGGCAUGAGCUUUGGGCUCCGCCUGCUGUGCGACCGCAACAAGGCCCACUACCUGGAUCUUGUGUACAAGGGUUGGAAGCCGGGAACGUCGACCAUCAUCAUCCUCGCGGUCACUUUGGGUGUUGUGCCACUUCUCGCAUACGCGCAACAUCGAGCAUUCCCCCAGUCGUAUAUCGUGCCCGAGAGGGAUAUAAAUGAACAGUACAAGACGAGGCCUCUGCCACGGCCGGCCAAGUCUGGCGAGGAGAAAGCCCAGCCCGCUAUUGCGGUGCAGGAGGUAUGCCGGACGCACAGCUUCUACCGCGACAGCGUGUUACGCGAUAGCAUGUACCGCGACAGUACGUACCGCGACAGUAUGUACAAGGAUCCCAGCAUCUACACCGUCACACCGCCGGUGACGCGACCGCAGUCGCAGGUGAUGGAGUCCUACUCUUGA